AUGCUAUCCGCCAAUCUCAUCCUGUCCUCCAUCGAUCACAAGAUGCCAUGCUCUAAUCGUAUGACCACCGGUGCAACGCACAAGCUUGUCCUGCUGCUCGUAGUCGUCGUCGUCGUCGCAGCAGCCAUCUCGGUCGUCGCCGCGGCGGCGCACGUCGACUCCUUCAGCUACCCGGCCUUCGACGCCACCACGACGCAGGACCUGGUGGCGGGCACCAACACCUCCGUCCUCACGUCAGCCUCCCUCCUCUUCGACCACGACGGCGCCUUCGCCGAGUUCAACCACACCGAGGGCUUCCUGCUGCUCUCGCGCACCGUCGACAUCUGGCGCUCCGGCCCCGACGGCGGGGUCCCCGCCUUCGAGGCCUCCUUCAAUACCAGCUUCGCGCUGAGCGGCGGCGCCGCCGCACCCGUUGCGUUCGUCGUCCUCAAGGACAGCUACCCGCCGCUGUACGGCAGGGGCGGGCUCCGCGGCUUCGCCAACUACAGCGCGUCCGACGCCGCGGAUGGCGCCACCCCCCGCAACGCUUCCGGCAGCCUCGCGUCCGUCGAGGUCGGCCCGGUGCGGUCGUAUGGCCCGGACAACCCCGCCGUCGGCCUCAACGUCACCGUCACGCCCAACGGCACGGUGGCGGCGCGCGCCGUGUGGAUAGAGUACGACGCCGCCGGGCACAGGCUGUCCGUGUACGUCGCCGGCGCAGGGGAGGCGAGGCCGGCCGUGGCUCUCCUCGACGCGCGCCUCGGCCUCGCUGGACAGCGCACCACCGAGAAAGCGAUGGUCGGCUUCUUCGCUAGCACCAUCCAAGACAUUCUCGUCGGCGUACGUGGCUGGAACCUGACGGUGGACAGGUUUGACAGUUCCGGGGGUGGCGGGAGAAAGAAGGGUGCCGCAUGGUGGGUGAUACUGCUCGCGGUGCUCGGGUCAGUGGCAGCCACGGCCUGA